AUGAACAGGAUCUUAAUCAACUGGAUUUCCAAACAACGUAAUUUUGAGGUCACUUGUCAGUGGCAUUUGGUAGAAUAUCAUGCCAACAAAAAAGAUAAACACAGAUAUAGUGAUAUUGUAAUUAAAACUCCAUAUCAGAUGAUUGUUUUGGAACUUCUAGCUACUGCAACCAAAACACAACUCAAUGAACACUUUGUACGAGCACUUGGAUAUGGGAAUAAGCUAUCUGCAGAAGAUGUUUGGAUAGUACAUUUCACAUGUGAGGAUAAUUCAACCCAAAAUCCCUAUUAUCCAUCUAAUGAAGAAUUGAGCAAACUUAAUAUUGUACACUUCUUGCAUGAUGAAGAGUUUAAAACAGACAAUCCUGGCGUAUAUUUUGAUGCUACUUCAAAAUUACUAAUAACAGGACAAUACGACGGUAUAUCUGAAUAUGAUGUUAUAGGUCAAAAAGAAUCGUAUGACGUUUCAACUGCUUCUUUCAUUAUACAAUUAGCAAACAAUAAUACAUAUAAACUCGCUGGUUCUACUUCUACACAAGGAACAAUCAAUGCAUUAUGUAUAUUGCCACGUUCUUCUGAUAACAAUGAUAAUGCAGAUGUAGAUGUAUUUAUAGGCGGUAACUUUACAAGUAUUGGCGGUAUAACUACAAACAACAUAAUCCGUUAUGAUGUUACUACUGAUACUUUUCUUUCGUUAUUGGAUGGUUUGGAUGGGGCUGUUCAUUCAUUGUAUUGUGAUAAAUCAAAUUCGAUUGUUUAUGUUGGUGGUUUGUUUUCUGCUCCGGUAAACCCAACUAAAAAUAAUUACAAUGCUACUGAAUUUGGUAGCGGUGUGGCUAUAUGGAAUAAUGGAACUGGUAUAUGGCAGCCUCUACCAUUCAAAGGGUUUAAUGGCCCUGUUUACACGAUUGCAUCUAAUAAGGAAAAUAAUACUAUAUAUUUUGGUGGAAGCUUUGAUGCUACUGGUGAUGGUCAAUUCGGUGUGUCUACUGGUUCACAGCCCAUAAAUAUGAGAAAUGCUACGAUCUCUGGUGGUAAUAAUGCAGUUGAUUAUACAGUUGGUAAUAUAUCUGAAAUAAUAUGUAGUGUUUAUUUAGACGGCCCCGCCACCGAUUUAACAACAUCGGAUGCAAAAAUAACCCUUAUACCUUAUGUUCCACAAGCUGGUAAUUACAAGGUCACAAUUGCAACGCUCACAUGUCUACCAUUUGGUUGCGAUAAAGCAGCAUCAGUUGAUAUUACAAUAACUGUAGCUCCAGGAGUAUCUCAAAAUAUCACCAUUUCACAAAAUACUCGAUUCAGCAAAGAAGAUUUAAUUUAUGAAGGAUUCGUGCUUCAAACAUCAAAUAAUUUUCAACCGACAGUAGAAAUCACUUUAUCUAAAACAACUCCUCCUGUAGGUGGAGGUGAUGUACUGAUAAUUGCAGAUUUUGUAAAAUUUGUUAAAACUAAUAAUGGUGCCCCAUUAAGUAGUUUGCUUUUAUAUAUUCCCCAAUCUGAUCAAAAUCCUCAAGCCCUAUGGGACGGUUUUAAUGGAUUGUUGGCACCUAGAUCUGUUGUUCAUGAUAUAGUUGUUUUAGAACAAUCAUCGUUAGUUAUAGGUGGAUAUUUCGAUAAUGCGGCAUCCAAUAACAUUGUAAAAUAUGAUGGUUCAACAUUUAAUCCCCUUUCCAAUAAAGGUCUUAAUGGUCCGGUGCGUACAAUUGAAAAAGUUGGCAAUAGUUUAUUAGUUGGUGGAUUAUUUAGCAAUACGUCUGACAAUCAAAUUAUAGGUUUAAAUAAUUUGGCCAAAUAUGAUCUUACUGAAAACAAAUGGUCCAGUUUAUCUGGUGGCGUUAAUGGUGGAGUUGAGCGAAUUGCUCUGGUUAAUCAAGAUGGUAGUAGUAGACAAGUUCAUGUAGCUGGUAAAUUUAAUACUUUAAUAUCACCAAAUUCUCAAGUUAAUGGAAAUGUUACAUUUGGUUAUGCAAUAUGGGAUGAAAGAAGCAGUUGA